ACUCAAACCAAUUCUUACAAUUGAGAGCCUGUCUAUAGUCACAUUUUGGGGAGGAAGUAUCAGCUUCUGACAGCACAUUGUAAUCGUCCAAAACAGAUUCAUCCUACAAUAUAUUAAGCAUGGGAACAAAGUAGUCUACCCAAGUUAGUUAAAAUAUAACCUAACUGUUCUGUUCUCAAGAACUGCUCAGAGUAACUCAUCGGCUACAGCAGGUGGCGUUUGAAAACUCCAAGUUCUAAAGAUGGUACCUCCGCUUUGCUUUCAACACCUCAAACAAUACUGGGCCAUGUACAGGUUAAGACUGAUAAGGAAAAGCUGCUUGACCCAAAUUAAAUUACUUGGCUUUGAUACUAGACUGUGUCAUUCUUCCAGACCUCCAGUAGAUUUGAUCGGUAUCAACUACCCAGCAGAAACAAUCAAUGGGAGAAAAUACAGAGACAACCAUCAGACCAGUCAGAUGCCUCUUUCUAAAAUAAACCACAUCUUAAAAGCUAAUGAGUACAGUUAUAAAGUCAAUGGAUAUGACGGACGAAACUCUGUUAACUCAAUUUUAGGGUUAGAUAGUAACAUCUUGGCAUCAAAUGCUCUGAAUGAGGACCGCAGGAGUGCAGCGACUUGUCUCCAGAGUAGGGGAAUGCUUUUGGGGGUUUUCGAUGGACAUGCAGGUUAUGCGUGCGCCCAGGCAGUCAGUGAAAGGCUCUUCUACUACAUUGCUGUGGCUCUACUCCCAGUGAAGACCUUAAUGGACAUUGAGGAUGCAGUUGAGAAUGAAAGGCCGGUGUUACCCAUGCUACAGUGGCACAAGCACCCAAAUGACCAUACCAGCAGAGACUCUGGGAAGCUUUACUUCAACAGCCUUAGGACAUACUGGCAAGAGAGGAUCGAUCUAGAGGAGGAUGAGGACAGGGACAUCCAAAUGGCUUUGAUGAAUGCAUUCAAGAGGUUGGACAAUGACAUUUCACUUGAGGCCCAGGUGGACUUUGGGGUCCCCUUUUCCCACUUCACCCCUCUUCGGGUGGCUCUGUCAGGGUGCACAGCAUGUGUCGUCCAUGUGGAUGGAGAUGACCUGCAUGUGGCCAACCUGGGGGAUAGCAGGGCCGUGCUGGGAGUCCAAGAAGAGAACGGGACAUGGUCAGCACACACCAUCAGUAACGACCACAAUGCCCAAAACGCAGACGAGUUGCAGAGGGUUCUAUCGGAGCACCCUGCGCUCGAACACAAGACGGUAGUCAAACACGACAGGCUACUGGGCCUCCUCAUGCCCUUCAGAGGGUUCGGAGACAUGAAGUUUAAAUGGAGUGGUGAAAUGUUGAACCGGGUGUAUGAAACAAGACCAGACAUCUUGUCGGCCAAUGAGUUUAAGAUGCUCCCACCUAACUACCACACGCCACCAUAUCUCAUUGCUGAGCCAGAGGUGACAAUCCACACACUGAGGCCAAAGGACAAGUUUCUGAUCAUGGCAACUGAUGGACUAUGGGAGCUGAUGCACAGGCAAACUGUGGUGCAGGUCAUAGGAGAACAUCUGACUGGUCUACACUGGCAGAAACCUGUAUCUGGGCUGUCUUUCACACUGGGACAGAUGCACAGGUUGCUCCAGGAGAGGAAAAGCAGAGCCAUUUUUGCUUUAGAGGAUGAGAACUCUGCAACACAUCUGAUCCGACAUGCUUUAGGGAGUGAUGGCUUUGGUACUGUGGACCCAAGACGCUUGUCGAAUAUGCUCAGCUUGCCUCAGGACCUGGCAAGGAUGUACAGGGAUGACAUAACAAUUGUUGUAAUCCAUUUAAAUAGUGCCAACAUGUAAGCCAAUUAAAGAUCAGACAUUAAGGGGGAUAAGGGGCUCUAUUUUUGGCUGGCGCUAAGAAUGGCGCUCUUGUCAAACUGGGGCUUUGACAUUUUCCAAGAGAGAUGUGAUGAUGCCGGUGACCCUCAUAUUUUGAAAUAUUUCAGUUGUUUUCUGUUCUAUUUGAUUAGACAGUCCUCUGUAGGCUUACCAACUAUAACAAAGCCGAGUUCAACAGCAAUGCUUCAUUGCGUCUUUUUUAUCCUGGCUAUGCAUAUGCCAAGCAGCCUAUCAAGAUUUUAAAAAUUUUUCCUCGUGAGUGCAGUUUUGGAGGUUUAGACAAUUUUCACACCUGCAUAGCCUUCUUCAUUUUGCGUGUUUCUGUAUCUAUCCCCAUUUUCACAUAUACACCCCAGCUAGCACAGUGGAUCUGGGCCGAUUCCGGCUGAGAGUCGGUCUCGGCUGACGUCAUGUGGCCCGAGUCUGGGCCGACUUCGGCAGUAUUACUUAUGACUAGGAUGUGGGGAUUGAGCUCAGGCCGAUUCCGGUGAGAGUUAUCUGGCCCAAAUGUAUUACUUGGGGCUCGGGGCGAUUGGGGCUACUCUCUGGCAGAUAAUUACAUGGGCUGCUUUAUAUAAUUAACAUUUCAUUAUUUAUUUUUCCAUAUUUCCUCAGUUUUUGUGAUCAAAAAAUACCUUUAACAUUUAAAUGAAAUUCUUUUAGA